AAGACAACGCAAACGCAAUAUGGAGAGAAUACAUGUGAAGAUUUGACGAGCGACAUCAAGGAGAUCAUAGAAACUAGCGAGAUAGAAAAAUGAAGCCACCACAAAUCAUCAUCGUACAUCCGGUACCGACAAAAGCGUGGAAUCUCUUUGUUUUCGACGAGGAAUAUCAAAAUACGUGAGGAGGGUUUUUUUGUUGCAUUUGUCACCGUAUCUCGACAGGAAAAUGGCAACGAGUACUAUUGAAUCUGCCAAGAGUUUGGACCGGGCGGUAAUGGAGAGGUUUGGCAGUGGGGGAAUGGCGUUAUUGCCGUGGACCAAGCAAUUACUCAGCGUCCUGUGGGAACAACUCCGGUUGUUGAUCCAGAUCAUCUACUACAGCUUCAUGUCAGUUUUCCAGAUGUUCAGAUUCGAGGUUCAUCUGAGAAUUACAGACGAGAUGGGUCAGAGCGUUCAGCACAUGAGCUCGACGACGAAUCCGACCGAGUCCUUCCUCUUCUCCUCGUUGUUUGACGGAGAUAACCGAGUCAUGGUUGGAGGUUCGAAUCCACUGUCCAGUUUCUGCGCGGAUGUUAACGACGCGUUUCCGGGGGGUCCCACCGCCGAAGUGCUGCUGUCUAGCCUGAGAGCUGACGACCUUUGCUGCGAACUUGUGGACGACUUCGUCACCAGGACCACUGCCAACAAAGAGGACGGCAUCUUUGUUGGACACCAUCCCAGCUGGAAAAUGGGCUUCCCCGGUGACUGGAGCAUCUUUGUAUCCAGCACCGACAGCUCUGGCACGGAGGAUGUCUGUCACAAGAGCACUGAAGAGGAGAGAGGCUCCCCUUGGAGUAGCGAGGAAGAUCAAAACUCGGGAGACUUUGACAGUGAGGAGAGUAAGGCGCUUUGGGAGUCUCUUUCAAGAUCUAGUGACCCUUACAAUCCCUUCUUUUUCUCUGCCUGCCUUUCAACUAGCACACAAAUGGGGAAAAUUAAAAGUAAAGGCGAUGACUCUGAAUGUGUUUCAGCUGGUGAGACCAGCGAGGAAUUCAUAGGCCCUCAUGGUUUAAAAUUCUGGGGUAGCCGCUCUGACAGUGAGAGCAGCUGGGGCAGUUCAGACGGCUCUUGCCCCGACCUUGACAAGGAGGAAAGUGAAAGUCUUUGGGAGUUCUUCAGCAGUCACACAGACCCCUACAACCCCAUGUGUUUCACAGCAUGCACAGUCAGCAAUACGACCCCUCAGACUGCCCAAAUAUCACUCUCUCACAGCCAGGAGCCCCAGCAGGCCUCACUCUCUGCACCUUCCUCCAAGCCAGACAUUGAUGCAGAGGAGGAGAGCAGCUUUCUUCCUUCCUCCUCCGAUGAUGAAGAAGAGCAGCUGUGGAGGUCCCUCUCCCGAAAUGAUGACCCAUACCACCCUCUCAACUCCCGAAGUCUCCUCCAGAGUUCCUCUACCACAGUACUACCAACGCCCAAGCCCUCAUCUGGGCCAGGUUCAAAAACCACUGUUGUCCACACAAAGCACAGACUGCCUUCGCAGGUUAAACAAUGUAAAGAAGAGACUGUGAGUACCCUGAGAUCCAGAGCUGUUAAACCCGUCCUGUCAGAAAAAAGGUCAAAGCGUCACUGUCAUCCAGACACCAUGCUGGUGCCUUGGAAGAGGAGAGGGCAGAAAUCUGGGUCACCCACAGAGGAGAAGGACAGAAACACCCACAAAAAGGUGCAGUUCUCUCCUCUUGUCCAAGUCCAUGUGAUGCGUACAUGGCCAUUUGCUCGACAGGCCUCCCGCAGAGGAUGCUGGGAGGAAAUGGCCCGAGACCGGGACCGCUUCCAGAGGCGAAUCCAAGAAAUUGACCAGGCCAUUGGCCACUGCUUCAGCCAAGCCCACCGAGAGAGGAUUCGGGCUUAUCUGGACAGCACCUUGAAAUAAAACCCACCCUUCACUCCAUGAAUGCCGAAUGAUUUUAUUUGCUUUUCAAAUGAGAACUUGUGAUUGGUUGCAAUGCAACAGGAGAAUUUUAUUUAGGCUGACUAGAAAUUUCCAUGUUUGGCCAAUUUUGAUGUUUGUUGUUAAGUGGAACAACUUUGUACCUCAAACCAGUGCCCGCAGGGUCUGUGGCCAUUGCACUGAUUUUGUCACUUUCUUAUACUAAGGUAAAAAUUAACGUAUGGAAUGUUGUUUUGUUUGCCUUAUAUACUGACCUAGUAAUGUAAUUUAUUCAUGCCCUGUGGAGUUUUUGCUUUGGUUUUGUACAGUUUUAAAUGACGUGUUUUUUUAUGUGUCCAAAAUAAAGAGUUGUGUGUAAAACUAAAAGAUAAUAACAUUUAAAAAAAUAAUCCAGGGUUUACAGCUAAUGUGCUUGGAAGUGUUUUCAACUACUGCUGAAGAAUGUUUUCAUCAUGCUGCGUGUCUUCCUGUUGAACACGUUUGAUUUCAAUGACUUUUUAUUAUUACUAUUUAUUGUUUGUGGUUAAAUAUUUACAUACAUUUGAGACACAUUCAUAGCUGUACCGCUGCACUGAGAAAGUUGGUUUUGUUUUGACAGAAACAUUAAAAACACUUUGUCAAAAUAAUAAAAUCUGUUGUCGCA